UACGGAGUUAUCUUAUUCGUAAAUAAAAAAGGAGGGGAGAAAGAUUGCUACGUGAUUCGUAAGAACAAGCACAAUUGCGCGAUGCCAUUGCGCUUCUUUCGUAUAUUCUUACGCUCUUACAAACAGUGGCGGGAGCUAUGAGUACAACCAAGUAGUGCGUGACAUUUAACGAUGCUCGCUGACGCUGCUUUUUAAGAAGUAAGAGAGAAAGAGAGAUUUGUAAGUUUUAACUGUAACGAAGCGCAAUCGCGAGAGAUCGAAAUCCGUCGCACCGUAACACGUGCGCAUGGAAAUACUACAUCUGAAACAACAGACACAUUCAGUGACAUCGCAUCUAUCGCGACUGAUCGCGACGUUGUCUAAUCCCUGCGUCAUCGUAUACGACCAUCGAUACAAUCAGUCGUUGCUGACCGAUCGAAAUAUGUUUGAUGUCUAACGCCUUUCUGUAUGUCUAUGAUAGCUUAUUUCGAUCUUUUCAACGAAUACUAUCGUGAUUCUCAAAGAUUAUUCUGAGACAUAAGACUUCCUGAUUAUAAUUUUAAUGGAUGGAGAGGAAAAUUAUCAGCAGAAAAAAGAAACUUGUGAAAAACAUGGAUUAGGAUCAACGAUGCAAACUGAAAAAGAAAGUGUCUGUGACAAUUCUAACAAUUCAUCUACACAUGCAGAUCUUGGAGACAUGACAUUUUACAUGACCAAUUACCUUAAAGAUGCUAUGAAAAUGAUGUUUAUGAUGAGAAGUCAUCAUAUGCUUACUGAUGUCAUACUUGAAGUAGGAACAGAAUUAUUUCAUGCUCAUAAGGUUAUUUUAGCUGCUGCCAGUCCAUAUUUUAAGGCAAUGUUUACUGGUGGAUUAAAAGAAAGUGAAAUGACAAGGGUAAAGCUUCAAGGAGUUUGUCCAACCGCCAUGGCUCGCUUAAUGUGUUUUAUGUAUACUGGUCAAAUAAGUGUAACAGAAAUAACUGUGUGUUCUUUAUUAUCUGCUGCUACAAUGUUUCAAGUUAGUAAUGUAAUAGAUGCAUGUUCUGUAUUUUUGGAAAGACAGUUGGAUCCUACAAAUGCAAUUGGAAUUGCAAAUUUUGCAGAACAGCAUGGUUGUCAAAACUUAUAUCACAAAGCAAACCAAUUUAUCGUACAACAUUUUAACCAGAUAUGUCAAGAAGAAGAAUUCUUACAACUUUCUGCCAUGCAAUUAGUAUCGUUGGUACGAAAAGAUGAACUCAAUGUCCAAGAAGAAAGAGAAGUUUAUAACGCAGUUUUAAAAUGGGUGAAAUAUAAUGAAGAAGCAAGAGGUCCUAAAAUGGAGCAUAUAUUACAAGCCGUACGUUGUCAAUAUCUUACACCAAAUUUUUUACGUGAUCAAAUGAAAAAUUGUGAUGUUCUGAAGAAAGUGCCUGCAUGUCGUGAAUAUCUUGCUCAAAUAUUUAAAGACUUGACACUUCAUAAGAAACCAGUAGUGAAAGAAAGAACACCCAAUACACCAAGGGUAAUUUAUAUAGCAGGUGGAUUUUUACAACAUUCUUUAGAUGUUUUAGAAGGAUAUAAUGCAGAUGAUAAGACAUGGACCACACAUGCAAAACUCAUAUUUCCACGUUCUGGUUUAGGAGGAGCAUUUUUAAAAGGCAUGUUUUAUGCUGUUGGUGGUAGGAAUAAUACGCCUGAAACCAGAUAUGACUGUGACUGGGUAGAUCGAUACAACCCAUUGACAGAUCAAUGGAGAACUUGUAGUCCAAUGUCAGUUCCAAGAAAUCGGCUUGGAGUUGCUGUUAUGGAUGGAUUAUUAUAUGCGGUAGGUGGCAGUGCUGGUGCAGAAUAUCAUAAUAGUGUAGAGUGUUAUGAUCCUGAUCAAGAUAUUUGGAGUAAUGUAAAGCCUAUGCAUGUCAAAAGAUUAGGUGUUGGUGUAGCAGUUGUUAAUAGAUUACUUUAUGCGAUUGGUGGCUUUGAUGGAAAGAAUAGACUUAAUUCUGUAGAAUGCUAUCAUCCUGAAAAUGAUGAAUGGACAAUGGUUUCACCUAUGAAAUGUAGUCGUUCAGGAGCAGGAGUUGCUAGUUUGGGCCAGUAUAUAUAUGUGAUAGGUGGAUAUGAUGGAUCGUGUCAAUUAAAGUCAGUUGAAAGAUAUGAUACAGAACGAGAUGUAUGGGACUAUGUUAAUAAUGUUUCUAUAGCACGCAGUGCAUUAAGUGUUACAGUCCUUGAUGGAAAAUUAUAUGCAAUGGGAGGUUAUGAUGGAUCAUCAUUUUUAAAGAUUGUUGAAAUUUAUGACCCUGUUAAGGAUCAAUGGGAACAGGGAGUAGAUAUGAUAUUUGGAAGGUCUGGUCAUGCAAGUGCUGUGUCUUAUCAUUUAUGUCCGAUACAUUGUGAUUAUUUAGAUCAUAAUAUAACCUUACAUGGAGGUCCGUUAUGAUAUAAUUAUAUAAUUUUAAUACUAAUUUAUAUAUGAAUAAGCCAGCAAAAAAAAAUAAACUCAUUGAAGUGAAGAUCAUGAAAGGUCAAUGUAGAAAAUAGGAAAGGAGAAAAUAGAAAUAUAAUUGAUUAAAGGUAAUUUGAUAGAAGAAUGAAUACUUGUACACAACUAGACUGAUAUAUGUAUUUUCGGUAAUAUCAUUAAGUUGAUCUAGUUCCUAAGAUCUAUAAUCAAUAAUAAAGGCCAAGAUUUAAUCUGAAA